AUGGGCUGGUUGGUGGGGGUGAACAUGGGAACGAUGGAGGAGGUGGUGGAAAUAGAGAGGUUGGAGAAGAGUUUGUUGGAGGAGAACGAGAGCGACGCGGAGGCGGUGCUGUAUGCGGCGUCGUUUCGGGAGAUGGAACAGAAUUUCGUGAAGUACCAAACGGUGCAGUGGGUGCUUUACUCGGUGUUACUGAUUCUGGCGUGGGGCAUUGGAUUCCUCAUGUUGCUUUAUCUCCCAGUGAGAAGGUUCAUACUGAGGAAGGAUAUUCGUUCUAGAACCCUCUAUCUCACUCCAAAUACCAUUGUUUACAAGGUUACGAGACCGGUGCCAUUUCCGUGUUUUGGAGUGCUGAAGAAGGAGAAGCACGUUUUGUUGCACUCUGUGGCAGAUGUUGUGGUUGAACAAGGAUACUUCCAAUCACUUUUUGGUGUCUACUCUCUUAGAAUUGAAAAUAUUGGAGUUAGAAGGCCACCCAGUGAUGAUGUUAAAAUCCAGGGGGUUGCGAACCCAAAUGCUUUCAGGAAGGCGGUUAUGAUGCGUCUAUCAAACAUGAGAAAUGAGAUUAUGACAAGACAGGUUUCUACGUUAGAAGAUGUUCCACAACAUCUGAUGAUGUCUCCAUCAAAGUCAUUUAAACCUGAUUCUAAUCCUUCUGGAGAGCUGCUACUAAUGCGGAAACUAGAGGAAGUUGGAAGCUCUGUUAAGAGAAUACAAUCUUUAUUUGAAGAGCAACAAUCUCAAACAGCAGAAUCCAUAGAUUGA